GUUCACCCUGAGAUGGAAAUAAAUUACUUCCACUGCCCUACGUCACCAGCCAUUUAAACCUAGUAACCAUUAUAGACAGAGAAGCGAAUAUUUUUGUGUUUGAGACAGAAAACUGAGUUUAAUAGUAUAUUGAUACCAGAUGGAUGUGCUAGAGAGAUACAAACUUUCGGAUGUUGAUCCCUUCCUGUGUACAUGUGGACCAUGUAGACGGUUCUGGAAGGACAACUUCAAUGAUGCCUCAGAACUUCUUAGUGAGCCAGCCAUGAGUCGUGCCAGUGGGUCAGCAACUGUACCAUCCCACAACCACAUCUGUAAAAUAGGUGAUCGUGUCCUAGUACAAGGAAAAUAUCAAGGCACAGUGAAGUUUGUAGGUGUUGUCGACGACAGUUCCAUUGCUCCACAGUUGUAUGUAGGAGUCAAGCUUGACGACAAUGUGAACUCGGUACAUAAUGGAGUAUUCAAGGGUAAACGAUACUUCCACUGUCCUCGAGGGCACGGCGCCAUGGUCCGGUACACAGAGGUCACACCUCUCAAGAGCUACAAAAGUACCCCACCUAUAAGUGGCAACUACAUGUUCCCAAGUUGGGAUGAUGUCAGAAAAAGGAGAGGUGAUCGCUAUAAAAAACUUGUGGAGAUCUAUAGAAAUGCUGGUAUAGAGCCUCCUGAUACUGUGAUACCGCCCGCUCCAGGAUACAGUCCACCCAAACACAGGAUAGAGCCACUCAUCCAUGUCGGCGACCCUUAUGAUAUAGGACUCCGGGACCGUGAGCAAAAAAGUAUCAGAGAAAAAAGGCACCAGGAAUCGUUUAGAGAGGACCGUGAAAAACAAGAGCUGCGAAAGGCACAACAACACUUCGAAGGCCACAGUGAUUCUGAUCGUAUGGUACAAACUUUGCUCAAAUUACAGCGUGCCUACAAGGAAGGCGAGGACAUUACUAAGAAACGAUCAAACUGGGACCUCCAAAGCAAUAACUCAGACUCGGAUGACUGAUCCAGGGACAGAUGGUUUUUAGAGACUUGUAACAGAGUCAUAAUUGUUAUUGGGAGUAAAGGAAGGUUUUCACAGCAGUUAUGGACAAUCAACUUUGGUGCCAUUUUCUUUAUUGUCAUGGUUACUAAUGGUUGACAUCACAUUGAAAUGAUAUUUAAAUAGUUUAUAAGCUUGAAAUUCUAAAGUGCACUUUAUCACUUAAAAUCCUAAAGGUUUUACCUAUUUUUUCUGAAAAGAUUUUUGAGAUUUUGUAUAAUUAUGGAAGUAUUUUGUUUUCAUCACUUCAAAUUAAUUCAGAAAUAAUGAUAAUUUGGUAUUGUAAAAUUAAAACUCAAAACAAUAAAAAUAAGAGGCACAUUCUUUAGUAAAGAAAUGUAAGAAACUAUUGUAUUUUUUACACAAAAUAUUUCCAUCUAGUGGUUGCUUGUUUUUGAAUUUUCGAUUUAAUGGUAAAUGUAAUUUAUAGUCAAUUGGGUUAAACUCUAAUAGCAGCAGAGACACUUUGAAAAGUGAUUCUGGUCAUAUGUACACAUUCAUUGUACAAUAAAUUUAACCUAAUUCUUGUGGUGUUAUGCUUUACCUAUAGUUAUCAAAGUGGCUAGAUUUUGUUUCUGAUUUUUGAGAUUUUAUGGUGUUAAAUUUGUUGCAGUAUGUAGUAAAAUUAAGAGCAAGCUAUUUUUUUGUAAUUAAAAACCAAAUAUUGCCAAAUCAUUUGUUGAUAGAAGGUGUUAUUAAUGAUACCUUGUAAACUAUCUUCCAUUAAUAUUGCUAUACAUGUUGUAUAUCAAAAGUUAUAUGUACCUUGACACCUCAACUAUAUCACAUGACUGAUUGCUGACAGUCCUGUAUUUUCAAACCAUUUUACAAAAAGUUACACUGUUUUCCCUGCACAAAUAUUACUUCCAUGAUACAUCAGGAAAACUAAACCACACUGGGGACUUUAUCAAAUUUCUUUAUCUUUUUCAAUGGGCCAGUUCCUAUUAUUCUGAUAAAUUAUUCUUGAAGUCAAUAUGUACUUCAUGUCCCUAUAGCUAUUUGUCUUGGCCUGGCCCCUCCCAGCCUUCAAUACAGAAUCAAUCUCUUCAGUCAUCCAAAGUUGUGGUUUAUCUGGCAAGCACAGUAGCAGUUUAAAAUAAUCAUUUUGAUAUGAUUUAUGUACCCAUUUUUCUACAGCACUUUUUUUUUUUAUUAAGAUGUUUGUUUCCAUGUACAAGAAACAAAGUUAUGCUGAUAUAUGUGAUAAGCUUUACUAAGUUGACUAAUACUGAAUCAUGUGUUCUGCACCAUCUGUAGUAUGUUAAAAUGUUUAAGAGCAUGUGAUUUUUAUGUAGUUGGAAAGUAUCUCUCAAGUUUGGUGUGAUGAUCAUGCUUGAUACGUGUUGAUGUAUAUAUAUAUAUUUGAAAGCUUGUAAUGAGUAUUCAGCUGCUAUUUGUAUACAAAUGUAGAUAUAGGGUAGGUUUUACCUCCUUUGUACAAGUUUAUAUAUAUGUAUACAAUCUAUUAAAACAUUAUUUGUAACUGAUAACAGUAUAUCUAUAAACAUAUUUACAUGUAUGUACUUGUGAUUUAAUUUCAAAAUGUACUUUUACUGGUACAUGUAUAUAAUAGAUCAAUGCUGUUUUUGUAAAACAAUCUGUGAUAGCUGAAAACUUAUCUAUAUUAUGGGUUCAAGUCUCUUAGAAAAAUAAGAAAAAUGAAAAUGUUCUUGCUUAAUCAAAAGUUAUAAGUUUAUAACUCAUGUUAAAUUCAAGACAUAUAUCUACCUAAAAUAUAGAAUUUUCAUUUCUGACAAACAACUCUACUUGGUGCAUGCUGGUAACAGCAGCAAUAUCACUAAUUGUCAGGGAAAUGUUAACACCGAUAUGUAAGUGUAUCUACUGUACACUAACACCAUGGCAAGAGACUUGUACCCUUGUUUUAUGCUUAAUCAAUGUAUUUAUUACAAAACUGCUGACAUUUCAAGCCAGAUAUCUGACUGUGUCUUCCUUAGGGAAGACCAACAAUAAAAUCAUUUAAACUAAG